GAAUUGAAUGACCUGGCCCGAGAUCCUCCAGCACUGUGUCCAGCAGGUCCUGUUGGAGAUGAUAUGUUUCAUUGGCAGGCUACAAUAAUGGGGCCAAAUGACAGCCCCUAUCAGGGUGGAGUGUUUUUCUUGACAAUUCAUUUCCCAACAGAUUACCCCUUCAAACCACCUAAGGUUGCAUUUACAACAAGAAUUUAUCAUCCAAAUAUUAACAGUAAUGGCAGCAUUUGUCUUGAUAUUCUACGGUCACAGUGGUCUCCAGCACUAACUAUUUCAAAAGUACUUUUGUCCAUCUGUUCUCUGUUGUGUGAUCCCAAUCCAGAUGAUCCUUUAGUGCCUGAGAUUGCUCGGAUCUACAAAACAGAUAGAGAAAAGUACAACAGAAUAGCUCGGGAAUGGACUCAGAAGUAUGCGAUGUAAUUAAAGAAAUUAUUGGAUAACCUCUACAAAUAAAGCUAGGGAACUCUGAAAGAGAAAGUCCUUUUGAUUUCCAUUUGACUGCUUUCUAUGAGCCCACGCCUCAUCUUCCCCUGUGCACAUGUUUACCUGACACAGCAGUGCUGCGUGUUGUACAUACUUGGAACAACAAACCAGAAAUACUGUACUUCUGUACCAACAUUGCCUCCUAGCAGAGAGGUGUGUGUGUGUGAGAAGCCAGUUCUCCAGGCGUAACCUAGGUGUGAGACUAAAAGCUUUCCUUAUUGACUUAAAAUUGGAUAAUGGCAAGAUGUGAGAGGUAGUGGGUACACAGUGUGUGCUUGGAUGGGAGGAAAAAAGCUCCAGUGACCUGUAGGAGAUUGUCCUUAAGUGGAAUCCAUCUAAUCUGAAACAGUCAUAAAAAGCAAUGUGAAGAACA